AUGUCACCACCGAUGAAAGGCCUCGUGCAGUUCAUUGCAGACAUCCGCAAUGCCAAAGUUCAUGAGGAAGAAGAAAAAAGGGUACAAGCAGAGCUGGUGAAUAUCCAGAAACAGUUUUCGAGUGGAAAUUUAUCCGGAUACCAGCGGAAGAAGUACAUCUGCAAGCUGAUGUACAUAUACAUGCUGGGCCAUCGAAUCAAGUUUGGCUACCGCGAGGCGAUCGAGCUGAUUUCGUCACAGGUGUUUUCGGAAAAGCAGAUUGGCUACAUGGCAGCCUUACUUUUUGUCUCGGGAAAUCGCGAGGUUGAUGGGGCCUUGAUUGAACAUGUGAGACACGAUCUGGCAGUGGACAACUCCAACUUCAACGCGUUGGCGUUGCAAUUUUUGUCCUGUUCGGCGGAAUUUGGCCAAUUAGGAGCUUCUUUCGAGAAUGAUGUGUUCAACUUGCUCAGAUCGCCACUUACACCUGCAUUGGUGCGGAAAAAGGCGUGCUUGACCAUGCUGGCUCUGUAUAGAGCCGACCCACAGACUUUGUCCAGGAAUCCCGGCUGGGUCCCACGUAUAGUUGCACUUAUAGACGAUCAGAACCUCGGGGUGGCCAUUUCGGCCGUUUCUCUGACUCAGUUCAUUGCGAGAAUCGACCCAAUACUGUGCAAACCAGCUGUUCCGUUAGUGAUCGGAAGGCUUCAUCGACUAGUCGUCAACCGCGAAUGUCCGGACGAGUAUUUGUACUACGGAAACCCAGCUCCAUGGUUAACUGUUAAGCUGAUGGGACUACUGGAGGAUCUGAUUCCUGAUCCUACGGAAACACCCUUGGACCCUGCCAAUGGGGCAGUUCUAGGUGAAGUACUGUCUUCCACUCUCAGCAGCACCAAACUCGCACCAGCCACUUACCACGAGUCCCUGGAAUACAGAAAUACUCGCCACUCCAUUUUAUUUGCAGCUGUUUCACUUUCUUCUCGAGUAGAUGCAUCUCCAGAGGGACUUCCCAAUGUGAUCAGGGCCCUCGGUGGUUUGCUGGAGGCUGGUGAGACCAAUGCCAGAUACUUAGCACUGGAUGCUCUUACCAAAGUGGCAGCCAGAAGUGGGGCUUCAGGCUCACAAAAAGCUGUUGAACAUCUUCCAAAGGUCAUGAGACUGCUCCGUGAUCGAGAUGUCUCCGUGAGGCAGAAAGCCCUGGACCUGGUGUAUGCCAUCUGCGAUUCAACCUCGGUGGAAAAUAUAUGCAGAGACCUUCUUGCGUACAUGGGGGUGGCUGAGUACAGCAUGCGUCCUGAUGUGGCUGUGAAGGUGGCAGUUUUAGCCGAGAAGUUCGCUACUGAUGCUACAUGGUAUGUCACUACUGCUCUCAAAUUGAUAGCCGUUGCAGGCAGUCAUGUAGCUGAUGAAGUUUGGCAACGAAUAGUUCAGAUCGUGGUGAAUAACGAGGGUAUCCAGCCUUUGGCAUGCAAGACUCUGGUGAGACAUCUGAAGGCACCAAGCUAUCCGGAACCCAUGUUGAAGGUGGGAGCUUUUCUACUUGGAGAGUAUGGCCAUUUGAUAGAGUCCUCGGCCUCUCCCAAGGAACAGUUUGAUCUGGUGUAUGCCAAAUUUUACCAGUGCUCAUUUGCCUCGAGAGCCAUGAUUUUGUCGUGUUUCUUGAAGUUCUUUCUGAAGUACGAGGAGCUUCGUCCUCUGAUUCUGGAUGUUUUUGAGUCCGAAAGUGCUUCAAUUGACUCAGAAAUUCAACAAAGAGCAUUGGAAUAUCUCAAGAUUGUGACAAGGAAUGAUGGUCUAUCUCUGCUGAAGAUAGUGACGGUGGGAAUGCCUUCCUUCACCAAUAAAACGUCGCCUCUGAUUGCUCGUUUGGGAAGCGUCAAGAUAUUCGAGAAAGGAUAUAGCAAAGUUCCAGACUCGCUCAAAAGGGACAUUACUGGGAUAUCUUCUUCAGCCUCAGCCGUUCCUCCACCUGCUCCACAUCCCAGGAAAGGAGCCCCAGCUCCUCCUCCCCCAAGAAACCAUGCUGCCUCUUCGGCCACACUCCAGAGUCUUCCAAGAUCGUUCAGCAGUCAGGACGUGAUCUUGCCCCAAAGCACUUCGGGCUCAUCAAACCCGUUCGACCGUUCCCGCACUGCAAGUCCAACCAAGGGACUGGCAGCUUUGUCGCCAAACUGGGAGGAAGGCUACACCAGACUUUUGCGGUUCGACCAGGGUGUGUUCUUUGAGAAUUCGUUGCUGAAGAUCAUCUACAGGCUUACGCGUGAGACGAAUAGUCUUAGUGGAGACCUUCAGGUUGUGAACAAAUCUCCUUCUCAGAUUACUGGACUGGUCAUGGAAAUCCGGCCUGGGUUCCUCAACAGUGAUGACCCGCCAUAUAUGAUCAAUGUGACAAAAGUUCCAGACGCAUUCGUGCCUGAAAACGGGAGAACCAGACUUCAGUUCCAGGCCACGAUCAGAACUGAAUUCGGCGAUUCGGAGGCCCCAGUUCUCAACCUCAGCUUUGUGUCGGGAGGCUUUUCAACUAUCCGGCUGCGAUUGCCGGUAGUAUUGGCAAAGGCAGUUGCGCAUGCUCCGCUUGAAAGAUCCUCCUUUUUCUCGCGGUGGGGCCAGAUCGGUUCUGCACUAGGAGCUGAGGGCGAGUCUCAACUGAUAUUCAAAACAACUACGGCAUUUUCAGUCCAAAAUAGCUCGAGAAUACUUUCACAGCUCGGGUUUGCCGUGGUUGAUAACGCCGAUCCAAAUCCAAACAAUGUGGUAGGUGCUGGAAUCCUUCACACAGCCACAGGAGUCUCCGGAUGCUUGUGCCGGCUCGAGAUUGCCCCAGAUGGUCAGCAGUUCCGACUGACUAUGCGGUGUACCCGACCAAGAGUUGCUGGAAUCAUCCUUUCUACGGCGGUGAGUGUUUUUAAGCAGACAUAG